AUGGACUUGGACCUGGGCUAUCUGGGCGCAACUGAUGGUGUGUGUUCUGCCUUCGACAACGAUCAUCACUUUCUGCAACAGAAGAGUGCCUUCGAAUCAAAACCCAACAUCAAACUAUCUCGGUCGUUGGACCAUGGUGGUCACCCCAUCAGGGUCCCUCAGUUUCAAUCCAAGCUUCAACCACAGUCAAAAAGCCCAGUUCAGAACAGGCAGGAAAAAUAA